AUUUUUUAAAUAUAUGCUUCAGAUAUGUUUGGUUUCUGAUAAAGGCGAGACUGACGUUGCUAGCCUUUUCUUCUGCAAAUUUAAUUACUCAAAACUGCUACAGAAUUUGGCCAAAAGUUAUUUCUCUUUCCAUCUAAAGAUUGGAGACCCAAACCAUUAACAAGCACUUACCGCCCAAGAUGAGGGGAAAUCUAACCGGAGAUCUUACAGCAUCUCCUCAACCCCUACACCAUCGAUAUUGGUAUGGUUUCUGCAACGGCUAUGCCUUGGACCGCGACCUUGAAUAUUGAAUCUUGAUAUCGUUUCUGCAAAGGCUAUAAUGAAACAGGGGGCUCCGUUAUUCCCCUUCCUCUCGCUCUGGGUUUCCUCUCUCCUGUCGUGAGAGCCGGUGGAGAGAAACUCCGCCCUUCGCACUUCUGCUCAGGCGAUACCCUUUUUCUGAGGCUCUUGGCCUUACCCUUAUUUUUUCAAUUCAAGUGUUUCCCUUUCGCUAUGCUCCAUUGUCUUCAUCAAAUUCCUUGUUUGGGCGUCGCUGUGAAUUAUCUAGAGUCUCCCGUCUUUUACCGUAACGGUUCAAAAUUUUACGAUUAACGUUCCGUUACUGUGAAAUUACACCUUGCCCCAAGGAUUGAAAAGCUGUGGAUUGUGGCGCUCCACGUACACUGGUUUGACCGGCUGUACGUUGCAGCAUGCGUAUUCCAGAACUCUCCUGAGUGUUGAUAUGUAUGGACGUAUGGACGUAUGGUGCUGUUCUGUUUCACCAAAGCACUAUCCCAGAGACCCAUACGACCCCAUUUCCCAUUCUUUUGGUUCCACUGAGAAUCUCCAUUCCCCAAACAAACAACAAACUCAAUACUUGCAGACUUUCUUCGAUUGAGUCCGACUUCGACUCUUUGAGUCUUCAUGCAAUCUCUGCCCUUUUGCAACUCAGUCUUGGAUUGAUGAUCUUGAAGCUGUGAAAGAUUAAAGAUAGAGAGAUUCUUCAAACGAGCAUCAUAAUAUAUUAAAUACUGUUUCUUUGAUUGCACUCCUCUGCUUCCCAUUUUGGUGCAAAUAUUUUAGACUUCCACCUUGCCCCCGGAGAUAUAUAUUCCUGCGUCCGCCACUGCUCUACGCCAGUGAGUCGUCGAAGGCGGAGCUCCAGAAGUUCAGCGUCUCUGACGACUCAUAGCUAGACUUCCGAAUUAUUGAUUCAGAUCUUCAAAUGCGCACCGUUCCGAUGGAACAGUCGACUCUCUCUAAUCCUUGAUGCUUUGCACUUUGCUCCUCGCAGCUCAGUUCGGUCAGUAAUUUACGGUUUCCAACAUGACUUUUUCGUUUUGAAUUUGAUCCCAAUAUUCGUUCAAUUCAAUCAUAAGGAUAGCUUUCGUGGUAUCCAAGCUUAGUAUCUGAAAGUUUGAUUUGUCAAAUUUGAAUUUGUUCGGUUUUGGAUUCUCAUAUGCAUAUGUUAUAUUUGGUAGAUUUGGAUUUGUAUAUCAGUUUGAUUUGAUUCUUUUCUUCUAAAUUUUCUGAAUCGCAUUUUCAACUUUGAAUUUUGAUUGCCUACUUGAUGCCCCAUGGUUAGUUGAACAUUGUUAAAGAAGAGAACAUUUAAUCAAACAGUUGGUGAAACAUAUGGAGUUUCAAGGGAAGAAGCAAACCAUUUUCUGCCUAUCCUUUGUGACCUUUUGCCUCCUCGGUGACAUUUUUGCUCAAAGUAAUGAAGAAUUAAUGCAUUAUGAUAAUAAUCCGCUAACUGUGGAAGAAGUUCGUGUCGGUGUGAUUCUGGAUAUGCAAUCAAGGGAAGGAAAGAUUGUACUCGGCUGCAUUUCGACGGCUCUGUCAGAUUUUUAUCAUCUGCAUAAUAAUUACAGCACAAGAGUGGUACUCCACAGUAGAGACUCCAGUGGAAAACAUCUACAUGCUCUAUCAGCUGCUCUUGAUCUUUUGAAUAACAUCAAAGUGGAAGCAAUAAUUGGUGCACAAACAAGAAUGGAAGCAAACCUAUUAGCGGAUUUAGGAGAAGAUGUUGAAGUCCCUAUAUUGUCUCUAUCUCAACCUAGUCUAGCCCCUCCUCUGACCGACAAAAAUCCCUUCUUUGUUGAGGUCACACAGGAUGAAACUUUGCAGGUUACAGGGAUCACUGCUCUUAUUGAAAUCUUCACAUGGAGAAAUGUUAUCCUUCUAUAUGAGAUGACAAAUCAUGCAAGUGACAUAAUUCCAUCUUUGAUCAAUUCCUUCCAAGAGAAAAAUGUCUAUAUUUCAUAUAUAAGUUCCAUUUCUGUUUCCUCAACUACUGAACAAAUCAUUGAAGAGCUUCAAAAGCUAAAGGCAUUAGACAAUACAGUAUUUGUGGUGCAUAUCUCACAUUUUCUUGUACCUCGGCUUUUUAUGGAUGCAAAGAAGCUAGGAAUGAUGAGUGAAGGGUAUGCUUGGAUUCUGACAUCAACAAGCUUGAAUUUCUUGAAUUCUAUGGAUUCUGCUGUGAUUGAAUCAAUGCAAGGAGUGCUGGGGUUGAAGUCGCAUAUUCCAACUUCAAGGAGCCUCCAUAAUCUUACUUCUAGAUUGAGGAGAAAAUUGUACAUCGAGGAGUCCCAUAUGGAAGUACUGGAAUUAAGUGCUGAUGCAAUCUGGGCAUAUGAUUCAACUUGGAUCCUCGCAGAAGCAGUUGAGAGGUCACGGAUUAAAAUUUCUACAAGUCUAAAUCGAAAGGAUUUAAACGAUAUUAAAUCCUCUAAGCCUGGAAGUGUGCUUCGUGAAGAAAUACUGCAAAGUAGGGUUAAAGGAUUAAGUGGUGAAAUUCAGUAUCCAAAGCAGAAGCUAAUUGCAGACAAACUUGAGAUAGUAAAUGUGAUAGGGAAGGGGGAGAGAAGAAUUGGAAUUUUGACUUUUGAAGAAGAAAAAACAAAAGAAUCACAGUCCCUUAAAAGCAAAAGAAAUUUACUUUCCACCAGUGAUCUGGAAACUGUCAUAUGGCCUGGAGGAUCAUCAACCAUUACGAAAGGUUCCAAGAGGAAAUUGAGUGAAACAAAAUUAAGAGUUGGUGUUCCCCCAAAGAGAGGGUUUGAGGAACUUGUGCAUGUGAAACAUGACUUCCAAACCAAUAAAACAUAUUUCACAGGCUUCUGUAUAGAUGUGUUUGAAACUGCAAUAAGAGGAUUGCCCUAUAAAGUACAAUAUGAGUUUAUCCCAUUUGAGAAUGCUAAUGAACUUUCGGCUGGGAGGUACAAUGAUCUUGUUUACCAGGUUUAUCUCCAGGUAUACGAUGCUGUUGUUGGAGAUACGACAAUCACAUCAAACAGAUCGUUAUAUGUUGAUUUUACAGUACCAUAUUCUGACUUGGGCGUGGGAAUGCUAGUAGCAAAUGAAAAGGAAAACAUGUGGAUUUUCUUAAGACCUCUUUCAGCAGAUCUUUGGAUGACAAGUGCUGGUUUAUUUAUGCUAACUGGUUUUGUUGUGUGGGUAAUUGAGCGUCCUACAAACACAGAAUUCCAGGGCACAUUAUCACAGCAAAUUGGAACAAUAUUCUGGUUCUCCUUUUCAACCCUAGUGUUUGCUCAUAGGGAGAAGUUGUUGAACAAUUCAGCAAAGUUUGUAGUCGUCAUAUGGGUUUUUGUAGUUCUUAUAUUGACUUCUAGUUACACUGCAACUUUAGCAUCAAUGAUGACAGUUAAACAAAUGCAAUUAAAUGCCGGAGGACACUACAUAGGUUACCAGUCUGGUUCAUUCAUCACCGCAAAUGCUGUAGAGUACUUGAAUUUCAGUGGGGCUAAACCUUAUCGUUCGGUUGAAGCAUAUGCUGAUGCUUUAUCAAGAGGGAGUAAGCAUGGUGGUGUUUCUGCUAUUGUUGACGAGGUACCAUACAUUAAGGUCUUCCUUGCAAAGUAUUCUGAGGGCUACUCCAUGAUUAAAACCGAGUCUACUACCAAUGGUUUUGGCUUUGCUUUCCCUAAAGGCUCGAAAUUGGCACAAGACAUGUCAACGCAAAUUGAAAAAUUGAGAGAAGAAGGAAAGCUUUUAGAGAUGGAAAAGGCCUGGUUUCAUUAUAAUGGAAAUCACAUGUCUGAGGACACAACAAGUCCUCCCAAUACUCUUAAUCUCAGCAGCUUUUGUGGUUUAUUCCUUGUUACGGGGGUUUCUUCAGCUUUUGCUCUAUUUUUGUUCAUAAUUUCUCCACUCAGAGAGAAAUGGCAACUUGUGAAGAAAUGCAGAUAUCUUAUUCAGGGAUUUAGGAUCAACAUCAUCACUGCACUGCUGCUUUGGAAUGUGAUCAAAUUUCAAAGGCCUUCAUUCCAUCUUGAAUGUCUAUGGGUGAUCGGAAGGCCUUCAUUGUACUAUGUAAAUAAGCGGAGUUGUGGAUUAUGGAAGAAAUUGUGCGAAAUUUGAGCUACUUGGAGUUUUAGACAAAAGGACAAAAAUUG